AUGACAGUUCCUGUGCCUGCAAAUCUCAGCUUUGAAGAGAACACUGAUCCCGAAGUAGUUCGCUAUACGCAUUUGGAGAAUGGUAAAACCUGGAAAGGGCUGCAAACCUUGGAGGAAUACAGCCAAAGGGAAAAACUAUUGGGAGAGUCUUCCAUAGCUACCAAGGGGCAAUCUUCUGAGAUGAAGGAGAAGUUUCCUGUGGGUCACGAACUCUUUGGUUUGAAAUAUUUUGUUCUUAAGGAUAAGAACCUUGAAGAAAGUAGCAAGACUAGUCAAAUAGUUUCUAGUUGUGAAGCGUUAUGUCGGCUUGGCUAUGCUAUAUAUCCCGAAUCAAAUGGCAAGAUAGUGCCUGUUUUAACGGUUUGCAUUGGCGGAGUGUAUACUCCCCACGAUCAUCGAGGCAAGGGCUAUGCAAGAACUAUGAUUGGUGAACUCAAUAAGCAUUUUGAUAAGCUAAGCAAAGCUCCCGAUGCUCCAGAGUUUGUAAGAUACACCGUGUUGACCCUUUACAGCGAAGUUGGAGAGUACUAUUCCAAAUCGGGGUAUUACUCACUACAUGUCCCUUUGCAUAUUGUCAAGGACUUAGAUGAGUUCUUUGAUCGCUUCUGGGGACAAGAAGUGUUGGAGGAAGGCAGAUCUUUAGGAUUUGAUGAUUACAAGGACCUAGUUGCUCUUCAACAGAAAAAGUUUGACUCUCAGCUAAUGGCGCUGCAUAAGCAAUACCCUGAAAAAUUUGUAUUCACAGUAGCUUCUGAUAUUGACAUCUAUAAAUGGUUUGAGAUUCGUGAUAUAUUCCUGAUGGAAAAGACUAACAGACAUCAGAAUAAUUUAAAAUUUGGAUUUGCCCUUAAGGACGACAACCACAUCAUAUGGCAUCACCACUGGAACGCCGAUGCAUUGGUCAUUGUGAAAGUUUUCGUUAAGGAAGAGAUGGAUGGUCAACAUUACUCAUCGACUCUCAAAAAACUAAUCGCCCAAGCUCUAUCAGAAGCCAAAAAGUGUGGCCUUAAGAACCUAAUCUUCUGGGAUGAAGAAAUUCCAAUCAAGAAGUUGCCCGAGUUGUACUCAAUUCUUACAAAGAUGGAAGAUGGAUCUAAAGUGUUCGCUGAGAACGGUUCUUUGAGUGCUGUCAGACCUCCGAAUGGCUUUAGUAUGGAGGAUACAAUUUGGGACAACAAUACAAAGUUCUGCUGGUUUUAA